AUGGCACCCGGCUCCCCAAGAAACACACAGUAUAGACCUGUUAACUAUUGCCGAAUCCUAAUUCGACCCUCAUUCUGGCUGCCCGAAGCACCAACCAAGAUAUCAGUCCCCUACCGGCCAUUUGAAGAACUGUGGGCAAACGGCGUAGUCGCCUUCACCAAGAAAACAAUCCCUAUCCAGUCCAACAUGAAUGGACUUAUUUAG